ACCUACACCGCCAACAUCCUGAUUGCCAUCAAUCCCUACUACGAGGUUCCUGAUCUGUAUUCUGUGAACACUAUCAAGAAGUACCAGGGAAAAUCACUGGGCACACUACCUCCCCAUGUGUAUGCUAUAGCUGACAAAGCUUAUCGCGACAUGAAAGUGGUCAAGGUCAGUCAGUCUAUUAUUGUCUCUGGGGAAUCUGGAGCGGGCAAGACUGAGUCCACCAAACACAUCCUCAAAUAUUUGACUGAAUGCUGGGGGACUCGGGCCGGACCCAUUGAACAGAGGAUACUUGAAUCAAACCCUUUACUGGAAGCAUUUGGUAAUGCCAAGACUGUGAGGAACAACAACAGCAGUCGGUUUGGCAAGUUUGUGGAGAUACACUUUGAUAACAAGAAUUUGGUUUGUGGCGGUUUCAUCUCCCACUAUCUGCUGGAGAAGAGUAGAAUCUGCACCCAGUCACCUGAAGAGCGAAACUACCACAUCUUCUAUCGUUUGUGUGCUGGUGCACCUGAAGAUCUGCGUCAGAAGUUGAAGCUAGCCCCACCUGAUCACUUUCAGUACUUGAAGAAGGGAAACACCCAAUACUUCUGCAGUAGGAAAUCUGAGAAAAGCCUUGGUGACAACAGGAAGAGUCAACAGUAUCUCAAGCAAGGCAGCCUGCGGGACAGUGUGCUGGAUGAUGUCAACGACUUCAGUGUCUGUGAUGCUGCCAUGAAACACCUGGGCUUUGGCGACCAAGAACGUUUGGGCAUCUACUCCCUGGUGGCUGCCAUUCUCCAUUUGGGUAAUGUGGCAUUUGAGGAAAAUGCUGAUGAUGCUAAAGGUGGAUGUAAGGUGGUCAAAUCAGCUGAAGACUCACUGCAGACGACAGCAUCAUUGCUGGGUGUGGACAAGGAAGAGCUGAGAGACUCUCUCAUCAGUCGAGUCAUGCAGGCAACUCGUGGUGGCACUAAAGGAACUGCAAUCAAGGUUCCACUGAAGACAGUUGAAGCCAGCAAUGCCAGAGAUGCCCUGGCCAAGUCUGUGUACUCUCGCAUGUUUGACUACAUAGUGGACAUGGUCAACAAGUCCAUUCCAUUUGGCUCAUCUGUCAGCUUCAUAGGUGUCUUGGACAUUGCAGGAUUUGAGUACUUCCAGGUGAACAGCUUUGAGCAGUUCUGUAUCAACUAUUGCAAUGAGAAGUUACAGCAGUUCUUCAAUGACAGGAUUCUCAAAGAGGAACAACUGCUCUACGAGAAGGAAGGGCUAGGGGUCAAGAAGAUCGAAUGGACCGACAACCAGGACUGUAUAGAGCUAAUUGAGGCCAAAGGUGUGGGCAUCUUUGAUCUGCUUGAUGAAGAGAGCAAACUUCCCACACCAAAGUAUGACCACUUUACCAGCGAAGUUCAUGCUCGUAACAAGGACCACUUCCGACUGAGCGUGCCCAGGAAAUCCAAACUGAAGAGCCACAGGGAUGUACGGGACAAUGAAGGCUUCUUGAUCCGUCACUUUGCUGGAGCUGUCUGUUAUCAUACAACUCAGUUUAUUGACAAGAACAAUGAUGCACUGCAUGCCUCCCUGGAGUUCCUCAUCCAGGACACCAAGAAUCCAUUGCUGAAGAAGCUGUUCCAAGAUACAGGGACCACAGCAGGCAAGCUCAAUUUUAUCAGUGUGGGAUCCAAGUUCAGGAAACAGCUGGUGCUGCUGAUGGAUAAACUCAGGGCCACUGGCACUAACUUCAUCAGGUGUAUCAAACCAAACGCCAAGAUGGUGGACCACAUGUUUGAGGGAGCAAACAUUCUCAGCCAGCUUCAGUGUGCAGGCAUGGUUUCUGUGCUGGACCUCAUGCAGCAGGGCUACCCCUCACGUACACAGUUCUCUGAGUUGUACAACAUGUAUAAAAAAUACUUGCCACCUGAGCUGUCCCGACUGGAUCCCAGACUUUUCUGCAAGUCAUUGUUCAAAGCUCUUGGUCUUGAUGACAAGGAUUUCAAGUUUGGUAUGACCAAAGUGUUCUUCCGACCCGGAAAGUUUGCAGAGUUUGACCAGAUCAUGAAGAGUGACCCAGAAAGCUUGGCAGAGCUGGUCAAGAAGGUGAAGAAGUGGCUGCUGCAGUCUCGCUGGAAGAAAGCUCAGUGGUGUGCUCUGUCUGUCAUCAAGUUGAAAAAUAAGAUUCUGUACCGAGCCAGCAAGUUUGUUGUACUACAGUCAAAUAUUCGCAUGUGGCGGCACGCUCGCAAGUUUAAACCCAAGUUUGAAACUAUCCAGAAGGUGAAGGCCAUCCAAGCCCAGCGUAGCCUCUUGGAUCAGAUUGUCUCUCAGCUGAAGAAGGACAAGGACCAGGCGGUCAAGGCCAUCAAGGAACUAGAGACUAGUCAGGAGAACUUCAUUCGUCAGAUCAGGACUACUGAUCUGUCAAGAGCAGAGAUGGCCAGGAUGACAAACACACUGGCAACCAACAUGGAUGUCCUUCUCAAUGAUAUGAAGAAGAAACUGGAAGAAGAAAAGAGCAGAGAGGAACAGGAGCGCUUGAAGAAGAUUCAGGAGCAAAUGGAGAAAGAGAGAAAGAAAAGAGAAGAAGAAGAAAGGAAAAGAAUUGAAGAAGAAGAACAAAGAAAAAA